GGGGCCGGAUUGGGGUGGGAAUGGGGCCGGGAAUGUCCUUCGGGACGGGGCGGGGCUGGCGCGGCCCCACCGCGGGGACAAUGGGGACGGAGCGGGCCCGGAGCGGCGGGGGCGGGGCUCGGACACCGGAACCGCCCCCACGGAACCGGCAGCGCCUUCCCGGUGCCUGAAUCCCGGUCCCACAUCCCCAUCCUGAUCCCACAUCCCCUUCCCGGUGCCUGAAUCGCCCUCCCGCAUCCCCAUCCUGAUCCCGACCCCACAUCCCCACCGCGAUCCCACAACUGCAUCCCGGUCCCACAUCCCCAUUCCCAUCCCGGUCCCUGAAUCCCCAUCCCGAUCCCACAGCCCCAUCCCGGUCCCGGUCCCACAUCCCGAUCCCACAUCCCAAUCCCGGUCCCAUAUCCUCAUCCCCAUCCCAUAACCCCAUCCCGAUCCCGCAUCCCCAUCCCCGUCCCAUAUCUCACAUUCCUACCCCGGUCCCGGUCCCACAUUCCGGUCCCACGUCCCCAUCCAGUUCCCACAUCCCGAUCCCAACCCCAUAUCCUCAUCCCGAUCCCACAUCCCCAUCCCGGUCCCUGAACCCCCAUCCCGAUCCCACAUCCCCAUCCCGAUCCCACAUCCCGGUCCCACAUCCUGAUCCCGGUCCCCCAUCCCGAUCCUACAGCCCCAUCCCGGUCCCAUAUCCCGAUCCCCAUCCCAGAAUCCCCAUCCCGAUCCCGCAUCCCCCCGGUUCCCGCACACCCGGAUUCCCCCGGCACCGCCCCACAGCUCCCGGUCUCCCCUCCCUCCCUCCGUCCCUCCGUCCGUCCCUCCGUCCGUCCGUCCCUCUGUCCCGCCCUCUCCCCGCCCUCUCCCCGCUCCUCCUCCCGCCGCUCCCGGCCCCGCCGCGACCCCGCAGGAAGGGGCGGUGGCCGCGGCGGCGCCGAAACCGUUUUGCUUUCGUUUCCACCGUCGCUUGGGAAAUCCCAAAUUCCAGGAAGGCCGAGAGCUCGGGGAGGAACCUGCGAGGGGCGGGACAGCAGAACCCCGAGCGGGAUUCACGGGGCCGAGCCCCAACUUCCUCCAUCCCACGGGACAAUCCCGCAUCUCUGCAGAUGGAGACGGAACCGGAGCCAGAAGCGGAACCGGAGCCUCACCCAGAGCCGGGCCCCGCCGCGCCGGCCUCCCCUCCGUGCCCGGCGGCGGCGGAGGGCGAGGGUGAGGAUGAGGAUGAAGACGAAGAUUUCCAGUUCCUGCGGUGCGAUGGCUGCGGGCAGGACUCGGCGCAGCCGCGGCUGCUGCGCUGCCUGCACACGCUGUGCCCGGGCUGCCUGAGCGACACCAAGCAGUGCCCGCGCUGCCAGGCGGCCACGGGCGCUCCGGCCGUGGACAACCUGCUCUUCUGCAACCUGCGGAGCCGCCUGCAGCUCUGGCGGCAGAUCCGCAGCUCGGGCGGGCCCGGCUGCAGCCGCUGCCGCGCCGAGGCGGCGCUGGUGUGGUGCUCGGACUGCGAGGAGUUCUUCUGCGGGCGCUGCCUGGAGGAGCACCAGUGGUGGCACAAGAAGAAGGCGCACCGGGUGCGCAGGGUGGAGGAGCUGCGGGCGGGCUCGGCGCGGCAGUUCCUGGAGGACACGCGCGGCUCCUGCAGCCUCUUCUGCUCCAGCGACAGCCACCCCGAGGAGAGCCGCGUGUGCAGCAUCUACUGCCCGCGCUGCGAGCGGGCUCUGUGCUGUCCGUGCGCGCUGCUGGACACUCGCCACGCUCCCUUCCGCGACCUGCGCGCCGAGAGCCGCCGCCGCCAGGACGAGCUGCGCUCGCUGCGCCGGGACCUGCGGCGCCUCCGCCGCUCCUUCGAGGCGGCGCUGGGGCGGCUGCGGGGCGAGGCGGCGCGGCGGGAGGAGCAGCGGGAGCUGCUGCGGGAGCGCGUCCGCGCCAGCGCCGAGCGCCUGCAGGAGCUGGUGCGCAGCGAGGCCGAGGAGCUGCGGGCGCUGCUGGAGGCGCGGCCGGAGCGCGGGCGGAGCGCGCUGGCGGAGGAGCUGAGCGGGGCCGAGGGCGCGCUGCUGCGGCUGGAGGCGGCCGAGAGGCUGGUGGAGAGGCUGGGGCGCUACGGCGGCGAGCAGGAGCUCAUGGACAUGCAGCCCUUCGUCAAGGCGGCGCUGCUGGAGCUGCGGCGGCUGCGGCCGCCCGAGCCCCCCGAGCUCCGAGAGCCGCCCGACUUCGCCGAGUGCCGGGCGCGGCUGCGGGCGCUGGUGGAGCGCGUCACGGGCCGGCCGGAUGUCCCUGAGGUCGAGGUGGGCCUGGAGAACAACCUGGAAGAGGAUCCAACCCAUCCCAAACCCCGCAGCGUCUCCCCCAGCCUGGAGGAGAUCCAUGUGGAGGAGGUGAGGUCCCUCUGUCCCAACCAGCCUCUCCCGCUGCCCUGCUGGAAGCGGCCGCUGCCCAGCACGGAGAGGGGCAGCCAGGUGUCUCCCAAACUCCUGAAGCUGGAAUGUGACCACGAGCCAGGCCCCAGCCGUCCCAAAUCCCAGUGGGAAUUCCCGACGGAGCCCGGCCCCUCCACGUCACGGCACAACUGCGUCCAUGCCGGUGACACAGGGAUUGCCCCCACGCUCUGGUUGGUUCCUGGUGCAAACCUCAGGAACGUUGAUCCCGUGGGAUCCGGAAUUUUGGGAUUUCCCUUGCAGAGGGCGGCAGCAUCAUCAUCUGCAGCUCUGACGACAGCGACGAGGACACCGUGGUGGUGACGGUGACACCGGAGCCGCCCCCGUGCUGACAUCCCACGGGAUCCUCCGGCCUCAUCCCGCAAUUCCCGGCCUCCCAUUCCCAGAUUUCUGCUUGGACUUUCCUCUUCUUGGCCAAUCCCAAAUUUAUUCUUGGACUGAGCUCUGGUGUGCCAGAGUGGCCUCAAAUCCCACCUGGAUCUGCUGGGAUCUCCCCUUCAAUGCUUUGAGGUUUCCUGGGAAUGUUGUUCUCCUCUUAAAUCCUGUCUGCGUUGAUCCCAAAAUAAAAUUUGGGAUGGGAGUUGGGAUCUGUGCUGGCGGAUCCCGUUCCCGAGCCCCCCCAAAGGUGGGGAGAUGAUCCCAAGGGUGGGAUCCCCUCUGGGAUCCCCCAUCAGCACUUGGAGCAGGGAAUUCCUUGGGAUUUGGAUUAGGAUUGGGAUUGGGAUUGGGAUUAGGAUUGGGAUUGGUGUUGGUUUCCUGGUGUAAUGAGGGCUUAAAAUCCCAGGUUUUUUAUAUCUCCCCUCAAUAAAUCUGCUCUGGGAUAAAA